AUGAAAUCUGCUGUUGUCGCUGGGCGACGGCACCCCUGCUGCACCCUGCUGCACCCCUGCUGCUCCCUGCUGCACCCCUGCUGCACCCUGCUGCACCCCUGCUGCACGCUGCUGCUCCCUGCUGCACCCUGCUGCAACCUGCUGCACCCCUGCUGCACCCUGCUGCACCCCUGCUGCACGCUGCUGCUCCCUGCUGCACCCUGCUGCACCCCUGCUGCACCCUGCUGCACCCCUGCUGCACGCUGCUGCUCCCUGCUGCACCCCUGCUGCACCCUGCUGCACCCCUGCUGCACGCUGCUGCUCCCUGCUGCACCCUGCUGCAACCUGCUGCACCCCUGCUGCACCCUGCUGCACCCCUGCUGCACCCUGCUGCAACCUGCUGCUCCCUGCUGCACCCUGCUGCUCCCUGUUGCAACCUGCUGCACCCUGCUGCAACGUGCUGCACCCUGCUGCAACCUGCUGCACCCCUGCUGCAACGUGCUGCACCCUGCUGCACCCCUGCUGCACCCUGCUGCACCCUGCUGCAACCUGCUGCACCCCUGCUGCUCCCUGCUGCACGCCUGCUGCAACGUGCUGCACCCUGCUGCAACCUGCUGCACCCCUGCUGCAACGUGCUGCACCCUGCUGCUCCUAUGCUCACGUCUGUGUAAUGCAUAG